AUAUGGCCUUUAAGUUUGUUUUCGCCCUUGCUUUUGUCGCUGUUGCCAGUGCUGGUUAUGCUCCCGUCGCAUAUCACACUGCUCCCGUAGCUAUAGCUCAGAAGGUUGCUGUGAAAUCUGAAGAAUUCGAUCCUCAUCCCCAGUACAAAUUCAGCUAUGGCGUUGAUGACAAAGUUACCGGUGACUCGAAGAGCCAACAUGAAGAACGUGAUGGUGAUGUUGUUCGUGGUGAAUACUCCUUGAUCGAUGCUGAUGGUUACAAACGUACUGUCCACUAUACAGCCGAUGAUGUUAAUGGUUUCAAUGCUGUUGUUGAACGUGAUCCUUUGGGACAUGCUGUGGUGAAGACUGUUGCUCCCGUUGCCCAUUAUGCUGCCCCAGCUACUGUUGUUAAACAUGUUGCUCCAGUUGCUCAUUAUGCUGCUCCAGCUACUAUUGUUAAGCAUGUUGCUCCUGUGGCUCAUUAUGCAGCUCCAGUUGCCCACUAUGCUGCCCCCGCCGUAGUAAAGACCGUUGCUCCUGUUGCCCACUACGCUGCUCCUGCUGUAGUUAAGACUGUUGCGCCAGUUGCCCACUAUGCUGCCCCCACCCAUUAUACAUCUUAUGAAUUUGUUUUCGCCCUUGCUUUUGUCGCUGUUGCCAGCGCUGGUUAUGCUCCAGUCGCAUAUCACACAGCUCCCGUGGCUGUUGCCCAGAAGGUUGUUGUGAAAUCUGAAGAAUUCGAUCCUCAUCCCCAGUACAAAUUCAGCUAUGGUGUUGAUGACAAAGUUACCGGUGACUCGAAGAGCCAAAAUGAAGAACGUGAUGGUGAUGUUGUCCGUGGUGAAUACUCCUUGAUCGAUGCUGAUGGUUACAAACGUACUGUCCACUAUACAGCCGAUGAUGUUAAUGGUUUCAAUGCUGUUGUUCAACGUGAACCAUUGGGUCAUGCUGUAGUGAAGACUGUUGCUCCCGUUGCCCAUUAUGCUGCCCCAGCUACUUUUGUUAAACAUGUUGCUCCUGUGGCUCAUUAUACUGCCCCAGCUGCUGUUGUUAAGCAUGUUGCUCCUGUGGCUCAUUAUGCUGCUCCAGUUGCUCACUAUGCCGCCCCCGCUGUAGUUAAGACCGUUGCUCCAGUUGCUCAUUAUGCUGCCCCAGCCCAUUAUGCAUCCUAUGAAACUCCCAGUUAUGGAUAUCAUCAUUAAGCGCCAUUG